UCUGUCAAUGAUAUCAGUAUCUUGACGCGCUUACGUACGGUGUGCGCCACAUCUUCGGGUCUCAAGGAAGACGGAAGUUUAGCACGGAGCACCGACGUUAGCUCGUUUCUUCGGGCUGUGUGAGAACUCUGUAACCUUUCCUGGAAAUUGGGGUGAACAGUUUUACCUGUGUGGUUCUUGUGAGAACAAAAAGUAAAGUAACACUUCGAUUAACAAAUAACACCGUCUUACCUGUCAUACUCUCAAUCCGAGUUAAGGGGGCUAGAGAACAGGCUUCAUCAUCAUGGCUCCACAUCCUGUAAUACAGGCACUCAUUGACUUUUCAGCAGGCGCAGCAGGUGGUACAGCCUGCGUGCUAAGUGGUCAGCCAUUUGACACUGUCAAGGUGAAGAUGCAAACGUUUCCCACCAUGUACCGUGGCUUCAUCCACUGCUUCAUUUCAAGUUUCAAACAGGUGGGACUCCGUGGUCUCUACAAAGGCACCACACCAGCCCUGCUGGCCAACAUCAGUGAAAAUGCGGUGCUCUUCUUGAGUUAUGGCCUGUGCCAGGACGCUGUCCGUCUUUUGUUAAAGAUGGAUAAAGGAGCAGAGCUCAGUGAUGUCCAAAAAGCUUCUGCAGGGUCUUUAGCUUCCAUCUUCUCUUCCAUGGCCAUUUGCCCCACAGAGCUGGUGAAAUGUCGCCUACAGGCCAUGCAUGAAAUGGAGGAGACUGGAAAGGUUGCGAAAGGACAGCGAAGCACCGUCUGGUCUGUGGUUAAGACUGUGCUGAGGACAAAUGGUCCUUUGGGUUUCUACCAGGGACUCACCUCAACCAUUGUCAGGGAGAUACCAGGUUACUUCUGCUUCUUUGGUGCCUACGAAGUAUGUCGGACUACAUUUGCACACCAUAUGGGGACAGACAAAGACAGUAUAGGCAUUCUUCCACUUAUGUUCAGCGGUGGAUUCGGAGGGGCUUGUCUUUGGCUAGUGGUCUAUCCAAUUGAUUGUGUGAAGUCUAGGAUACAAGUCUACUCUUUAGCUGGGAGGCAAGACGGUUUCAUGAAGACCUUCAUGAGUGUCAUACGCACUGAGGGUUUCACUGCUCUGUACUCUGGUUUGACUCCUACCAUGAUACGCACCUUCCCUGCCAAUGGAGCACUCUUCCUAGCUUAUGAGCUCAGCCGUAAAUUUAUGAUGGACACAGUGGGGGCAAGUGUGCUGCUGGAGCUCCAAGUGCCAGACUUUUCAUCAAUGAUCUCAACAACAUCCAGCACAGUGGAGAUGGUUAUUCCACGCAAACUUCAGAUCAAUGAAGAAAAUGUUGAAGAUAAAAAUGCAGGGAGGUUGGGAUGUUUUGGUUGGUUGCUGGUAAUUAUAUCCCUCCUGUUUGUAGCGCUAACGUUCCCAAUCACAUUGUUUCUGUGUGUCAAGAUAGUACAGGAGUAUGAGCGAGCUGUCAUUUUCAGACUUGGGCGAAUCGCCGAUCGGAAACCUAAAGGACCAGGCCUAUUUUUUGUUUUGCCCUGCACUGAUAACUUUGUUAAAGUUGAUCUAAGGACUGUGUCCUUUGAUAUCCCUCCACAAGAGAUCCUGACCAAAGACUCGGUCACUGUGUCCGUGGAUGGAGUUGUCUACUUCCGCAUUCACUGUCCCAUCUCAGCUGUGGCAAACGUGUCCAAUGCACACUCAUCCACACGGCUGCUUGCUCAAACCACUCUGAGGAAUGUACUUGGCACCAAAAACCUUUCAGAACUACUGUCUGACAGAGAAGGAAUUUCAGUGAGCAUGCAGGAGGCCCUGGAUGAAGCCACCAACCCAUGGGGGAUCAAGGUGGAGCGUGUGGAGAUCAAGGAUGUGAAGCUGCCUCAGCAACUACAGAGAGCCAUGGCUGCAGAGGCGGAGGCCAGUCGGGAGGCCAGGGCUAAAAUCAUUGCUGCAGAAGGUGAGAUGAAUGCUUCCCGGGCUCUGAAAGAAGCAGCUCUAGUCAUCGGUGAAGCACCGUCUGCUCUCCAGCUGCGAUACCUGCAGACUCUCCAUGCCAUCGCCGCGGAGAAGAACUCCACCAUCAUCUUCCCUCUGCCCAUAGAUAUGAUGCAGAGUUUCAUGCAGAAAAAGUGAUGAACCAUGUUGCCUGCACAAUUAUUUUCAUUCCAAAGUAAGUUUGCAUGUUUCGAAUAGGGAGGAAAAAGAGCUACUUGUUAAUGCAAAUACAA